CUGACAAGGUGUGGAUUGUUUCUACACUGAUCCAGCGUUAGCAGUGUGCCACCCCUAGCUGACAAGAAGUUGAACAGAUUCAGCACCCUUGAACUCCUCGUUGUCCCAGCAGUGAUGACUGACACCAUGUUUGGGAGUGGCAAUGAUCAGUGGAUCUGUCCCAAUGACAGACAGCUAGCACUGAGGGCCAAGCUUCAGACUGGCUGGUCUGUGCACACGUACCAAACCGAGAGACAAAGAAAGAGUCAGGUGCUUGAGAAGCAAGAGCUGGACAUCAUUCUGAGUGUCAUCCACAGAGCGGAGCAACUGGACCAGCUAGAGCAGCACAGGAUUGGGCGUCUGGUGGAACGUCUGGAGAACAUGCGGCGGAGCGCGGUGGGGAACGGCCUGUCCCAGUGCCUGCUGUGCGGGGAGCUGCUGGGGCUGCUGGGGGCGCCGUCAGUGCUGUGCCAGGACUGCUGCAAGAAAGUGUGCACAAAGUGUGGCAUUGAGACUGCGUCCAGUCAGAAGAGACUCCAUUGGCUGUGCAAAAUCUGCAGUGAGCAGCGAGAGGUGUGGAAACGCUCAGGAGCCUGGUUCUACAAGGCUCUGCCCAAGCACGUGCGGCCCAUGAAGGAGGGAGUUCUCGGGUGCAGGGUGCCGACUGAGGAGAGGAGUGACCCCAAGGUAGCCAGCAGUUUGCAAAUUAACCGUACCUUCAAGUGGGCACACAGCAAAGUGGUGUCCAGCGAGAGUGAGGACAGUGACUCGGAGCUCAGCAUUUGUAGUGGAGAACUACAAAGACCUCGCUUCGCUUCAGACUGCAGGCCCCGGAGAGGAUCAGAGUCCAGCGGCAGCUCCAGCCUGGUCCGGGUGCACGCUCCCAUCAACCUCAGCAGCACUGUCCUGUCAGAAAGCCACUCCAGCCUGGCCAGCGAGCGCAGCAGCCUGCCCCCGGCCACCGAGGACGAGGACACCGACCACAGCCGUCUCUCUCACAGGUGGUGUGUGUCACCUAAAGGGCUGCAUGCAUGA